AUGGAAUCGGCUGCCCCUCCGUUUCCUGAACUUGUGUCGCGGAUCAUUAUCAUCUCGACGCUGCUGCAUCACGCCACCGUCCCUGCCGCCACCGCCAGCCCUUCACCAAUCUCCUCCUUCUCCUCCUCCACCGCCAGCUCCCCCCGACUCAGCGAAGAUCAAAUUCGUCUCCUCGACGUAUGGAAUGCUCUCGCGUUCCUCCUAGGCCCUGGAGACACCAAUGACCGGGUCGCUCACAAGGUGGUGGCUGUCACAGGAAAUAUGGCACAAGGAGUCAUCAACACGUUCCUCGUAUCGCGGAACACCGACUCGCGCGAAGAUGCCGUCUCGCCGCGAGUGUUUAGUUCUCGUGACACUAAACCAGGCUGGGACAUUCUAAGCCGGUCAUUCGUUUCGAUCCAGAGAGGAGAUUUGGACUUUGAAACCCACAUUCAAGACGUUCUCCACGUCAUCCGGUACUUUUCCGCCCCCCCGGAAGAUCGCAAAGUGGCGUUGAGCAACCAAUGUCUCUUCACCUUCAUCGUCGGACGUUCGUACUCCAAGAUCCUUUCUCGCAUUGAAAACGGCGACAGGCUGUGGAUGGCCAAGAGCGCGGACGCGAAGAGCGAAGGCGAGGAGUUUGCACAGGGCGGGGACGGCGCGCAGAUGGAGAUGGACAAAAAGGGCACGCCGAAGAAGGACAAGUCGAAGAAGGGCAAGCAGGUUGAACGAGCCCAACCGGUUCAGGAGGGCGACACGAGCAAGCAGGGCACGCAGAGCAAGUUACGCAAAGACGCGCCGAAGGGGAAGGGCAAGCUGGCUGAACAGGCUAAGGGUGAACAGGCUGAGCCGGCCGACCUCAAUACGAACCACCCCACGACCCACGUCUACCACAUCCUCUGUUCCACCCCGCCAACGUGCAUCCCUCCCGGGAGAAGCUUCUCGUUCCCCAGCAACAUGAAGCCCGACCUGGAGAAAGCGGGUCUCACACCAACUGACUCCAACCCGUCGGGCUCGGAACUCACAUACUCGGUUACGAACGAGAACGCGAGCCAGUGGGCGAAGGUGGUGAUGGACUCCGUGGGACACAUGAGGGGAAUUCUGAACGACCUGCACAAGGACAGGUCGCUCUCUGGCUUCGCCCUGUCGGACAAGUACAAGUCCUUGUUCAAUGCAAUGCACGUCUUGGGCCAGGUCCUCGCUUGCCGCUACGUCGUCGAGGCCCUCCUCAGUCCCGAAGUUGUUACCGUCCUCCGUGCCAUGCGCGAGCACGCCUUCAAGGUUAGGCGACAAAAAUGCGAGGUGGAAGAGAUCAUGAUGAAUCGUGUCACUGAAGACACAACAAACAGCACGGGAGCCACACGGCAGAAUGUAGCCGACGCUGUCGGGAUAGGAUCUGCGGCCACUGACGACGAGUUCGGUUUAGUCGUAGAGGUAUUUGCCGACCCCGACGAGUCACCGGGGGACCAAUUCAUUCGUCAUCUGAAGACCCUUAUUAUCCCCCUCACCAUCACGGAAAUCAUGUUUGGAUUUGCCAAACAGAAGGAGUCGCAGACCAUGAAAGACCCAGUCGAGGUGAACGCGGUGUACGUGAAGAACGUCCCUUUGAAGUUUGAGUUGCCCCAGCACCCUGACCUUCUCGGCGAGCUCGAAGAGUUGUGGAAGAAGUCAUUCGCUACUCGCCAGGCUCGCCUUCCCGAUCAUCAUACGAGUCCUGGGGACUUCCCGUUUACACUGGAGCAGCUUUGGAAGGAUGGGUCUGCUAGAGCGAAAGUGCAUGCGGAGGCCCUGCUUAUGGCCUACGCCCUGUUGGUGCAUGGAGGAGAACUGUCACAGAAGGCGCAUGACCUAAUACAUUCCGUGUUAACAGUAAGCGACAGUGCUCGUUAG